AUGCACGAGGCCUCGUUGUUGAAUGGUGAAUGGGUGCAAUCCCAAUCCGGCAACCGCCUUGAUGUUGAGGAUCCUGGGUCCGCUCAAAUCUGGGCGUCUUGUCCCGCAAACGAAGUCGCAGAUGUUGAUCAAUACGUCGAAACAUUUCAUGCAGCUUUCGAAAAGUACCGGCGUGUCAACCCGCGCGAGCGAGCAAAGAUCCUUCUGAAGUGGCAUGAGCUUGUCACGAACGCCCGUGAAGACAUCGCCAAGAUCGUGGUCUACGAAACUGGAAACCCUAUGCUCGAAGCUGUUGACGAAGUCGACUAUGCCCUUGGUUUCGCUUGGUGGUUUGCUGGAGAAGCUGAACGCAUUCCUUUAGCGGCCAGGUGUAGCAUAAAUAUUAAGCCCUCUCCAGAGACUCCGCUAAGUGUCAUGGCUCUAGCAGAUCUAGCCCUUCGUGCAAGGUUGCCAGCGGGCGUUCUAAACGUCAUCUCUACAGACAACGCGAACACUCCACUGGUCAGCGAAAGGCUUUGUAAGCAUCCGCUAGUGCGCAAGGUGACCUUCACUGGUAGCACAACGGUUGGAAGCAUUGUAGCAAGGCAUUGCAGCGAUGGGCUGAAAAAGGUCACCAUGGAGUUAGGCGGUAACUGUCCUUUGAUUAUCUUUGAUGAUGGCGACUUAGACCAGGCUGUCGCUGCCCUUAUGAUCCUGAAGUGGCGCACAGCUGGCCAAGCCUGCACUCAUGCUAACCGCGUUUAUAUGCAGAGCGGUGUGGAUGACAAGUUUGCCCAGAUGAUGCUGGAAAGUACUCAGAAGAUCCGCGUGGGUCAUGGGGCAGAACGCGGAACAACCAUGGGUCCCUUGACGACAAGCCGUGGCGUGCAAAAGAUAAAACAGCAUGUCGCAGACGCAGUGAGCAAGGGAGAACAAAUUCUUUGCGGCGGUAAACAGCUAGACCACUGGAAAGGCUUCUUUUUCGAACCAACCAUCAUCUCCAACAUAGAAGAAAUCUUUGGACCUCUGCUAGGCCUAUAUAAGUUCGAGACCGAAGAGGAAGUUGUUAAGAAGGCAAACGACACGCCGAUGGGCCUCGCGGCAUACUUCUUUACUAGGGACGUUAGCCAAACGUGGAGACUCUUAGAAGGCCUCGAAGCUGGCAUGAUCGGCAUGAACACAGGCAAUGCAUCGUGUGCUGAGUCUCCUUUCGGAGGAAUGAAAAUGUUGGGAUAUGGCAAAGAGGCUGGAAAGGAUGUUGCGAUCGAGGAGUAUUUGGUCCAGAAGACGGGGACCCUAACUGUGGAGGAUACCAAGUGUGAUGAAGCGGAAACUAUAUAA